AUGCUACUAGCGCCACAACUGCCGCUGCCGCGGCCGCUGGGCUGCGUGGUGGACUGCGAGUGCGGGCCAUUGCCUCCGCUCCGGCCGUGCAGUCCGGUGGCCACGACUCACCUGGGUCCGGUGCAGGGUGUGCAGGACCGAGUGCUGCAGCCAACGAUCCGCAAAUGGCUUGGCGUGCCGUUCGCCGCGCCGCCGACGCAGGAUCUGCGCUUUGCCGCUCCACGCGAUCCUGGCGCGUGGACCGAGCCAAAGUUUACGACCAAGCACGGCCGUUCGACGUGCUUCCAGUUCAAGGUCAUCGACGGGCGGCUGGGCCUCAAGCCGAUCGGUGCGCUCGCUCUCAACAUGAGCUUGUCGGUGGGGUCGGAGGACUGCCUCUACUUGGACAUCUACGUGCCUGCGAGCUGCACCUCGGAGAAGCCGUGCGCUGUGAUGCAGUGGAUAUACGGCGGCGGCUGGAUGAUGGGCGCGCCCCACGCCGCGCCGCCCAGAGCCGCCCCUCCUGUACGGGACAAGUAUGAAUAUGGCAUGUACGAUGCGACCAGGCUGGCGACGUCCCAGGGGGUGGUUGUGAUAAUGGCCAACUACCGAUUGCACGCGGCGGGCUGGCUCGCGCUCGAUGAGAUUGACGUGGGCAACCUCGGGCUCGCUGACCAGACCCUCGCGCUGCAGUGGACGCAGCGGAACAUCCUCCACUUUGGGGGCGACCCCGACCGUGUGACCAUCUUUGGAGAGUCGGCCGGCGGGAUGAGCGUGUGCCAGCACCUCGUCUCGCCGAGGAGCAACGGCCUCUUCUCACGCGCCAUCAUGCAGAGCGGCGCAUGCGACACGCGGAUGUACUACGACACGGCCGAGGACGCGCGCGCCUUUGGGAGGCGGUACGCGGCGGCGCUCGGCUGCGAGGACGCGUCGACGCGGCUAUGCUGCCUGCGGGAGCUUCCCAUCGACAAGGUGGUCAAGUCGUACCUGGACUUUGUGAUCCAGUGGCCCUUCCCCGACUCGCUCUCGACCGGCGCCGACUCGUUUGUUCCCUAUUUGGAGCGCGGCGGCGCCUUUGGGCAGUUCAUGCCCUUCAAGGCGAACAUCGAUGGCCAGCAGCUCCCCGACAUGCCGCUGGCCCUCAUCCGGCGAGGGAGGGUCAACAGGUCGCCAAGAGGUGACAGGGUGCAGGUGAUCAUGGGGACGAACCUGUGCGAGGGUUGCAUCGACGUCCUCUCCGCCAGCUACCUCGACAAGGGCCGUGCGACCAUGCCGCUCACGCAGACGGGGUACGACCGGCUUCUUACCUACAUGGCUGCGUACGAGGAGGGCUGGGAGAGCCACGCUCCCUUGCGCCAGCGCGCGGCUCGCGCGGUGCGGCGCAUCAACGAGGCGUACCCGGUCGGCAGGUACGAGACGGGCUGGCCGGGGCUCAACAUCUCGGGCGGCCUCGACCCGCGCGGCGCGCACAACCGCCGGCUUGCCGACUUCUUCACCCACGCGCAGAUGGGCUGCAGCACGCGCCGGGCGCUGCGCGCGCUGCAGGCGCAUGGCCACGCUACCUACUGGUACCAGUAUGCGUACCGCGCCGCGUCGCCGAUCAACGCACUCGUGCUCGCGUGCGACGCGAACCAUGUGGUCGGGGUCGACUACCUCGACCAGGGCUGCACGGUGUCGCAUGGCGUGGAGCUGCCGAUCCUCUUCGGUACGUGGGCGCUGCCCGGCGUGCUCGCGCCGCGGGACCACGUGAUGACGGCGACGAUGCAGACGUACUGGGCCAACUUUGCAAAGCACGGCAGCCCAAACGGCGCCGAGUCCGACGCGGUGCGAUGGCCGAUGUACGAGCCGAACGUGAGCCCAUACGUCGCGCUCGACGUGCCCGUGUCGGUGCACGCGGACGACGUGAUGAAAUGCGAUUUUUGGGACUCGCUGGGCGAACGCGGGGAAGCGGGCAGGCAGGCGCCCCCGACGCCGGCGCGGAUAGAGGCGAAGACGACCAGGCCGGGGCUAACAGCGGCACGGGGCAUUAUCGCACUUUUCGAGAUGAAGGUCGACCAGAUCCGCUUGCAGCAGCCCGAGUCGCAGUGGACCCACUUCGCCGUCGGGAUGUACGUCUUCGACCUCCUGAUCGACAUCCACAUGGAGCUGCUCUUCUUCGGCGCGCAGGCUACGCUUGGCUCGGCGGAGAUCAAUCUCUUUUUCCGAGGGGAGCGCUUCGGCACCCUCUCCUCCCGACCCUGCCCGCUCGGCGGCGGCGGCAAGAUCAGGACGCAGAUGGCGGGCCAACUGGUGGUGGACGACGUGGCCGUUUUCAAGAAGAUCGCCCGCGCGGUGGUGCACGAGGACGAGUUCACCGUCGAGCUCUACGCGGAUAUGUGCCAGACAGUUGGCACGCUGCGCAUCCCGGGCGUGACCUUCGCAAAGUCGGUCGUGCUCCACGGCGCGCAAGGCUUCAACGCGCUCAUCUCGGUCGACGCGCGUGUGACGAACCCGUCCACCUUUGUGCUGAAAGACCUCGACGUCUUCUCGAUCGACAUCUAUACCGACGACUCGUGGCCAAAGACGGAGCGGCCCGCGGCCGAGUCGCUCGGCGUCAAGUUCGCGGAGGUCAACACCGAGGCCGAUUUCGAGCUCGGGCGCGGCCAGUCGGAUUGGUUUCAGGUGCAGGGCUUCCUCUCGGUGCCGGAGCGGGAGUACGACCUCGUCAAGACCGCCGACUUCGGCGGCUGCACAAACAUCGUCGUGCGCGCCUACAUCGACCUCGACAUCCCCGUCGCGGUCGCCUCCCUCCUCAACCCGUUGUCGGGCACGACGCUGCGCACCACGCUGCACCAGUACCUGUACGUCGCCCUCUCCAACCCCUUCGACGCGACCCUCUACGUCUUCGGCCUCGAGGCGGAGGUCUCGCUGCCGCAGCUCUCGCUCGAGCAGGCCAUCGCCUACCCGAUCGAGCUCCACGCCACCCAGCUGCCAUCCCUCCUCCAGCUGCUCCACGACAUCGCCCCCAAGCCCGCCGGCAAGGGCGUCGCCUACGUCGACCUCAACGCGCGCAUCCACGCCCGCGUCGGGGGCGCCGAGCCCAUCCUCGUCUACAAGCAGGUCAACGUCUCGGCGCAGCUCAAGCAGUUCUCGGGCCUCCCAUAG